GCAUUCACGAAAGCAUAGGACCAAUUUGAAAAGAAAAACAACGUGAAAAGGAGGGGAAAUACCAAUUAAUAUCCAUUCCUUUCACAAAGAACUACCAUUCACUCGACAAUCCUAACAUCUAAAGGCCAAGGAAACUGAAUGGAAUAGUUUAAAAAGCCUGUGUAGUGACCAUAUGAUAAUAUUUCCCAGCAGUGUUAGACUUAACCCCGGCUUUUGGCUGUUAAAUGAUGAUGCAAUCCUUUCUCAGAACGGAGGAAAAGAUUACCCACUGGUGAAAACCCAAUUUAUCUGAACUGCGUAUUGUCUCUGUGAUAAAAUAUCGAGGAUUAGGUUUUAGCACACAAGCCCUUUCGACUUUCUGUGUAGCUAUAUCGGAGGCAGGAUGGAAGUAUGGCAGAAGACAUGCCUUUUACUGUGCCUGUAUGGUUUCCUGAAGGAGCUGCGUCCUUCAGAGCCAUUCCUCACCGAGUACCUGAAGGGACCCCAACACAACCUCACGGAAGAUCAGAUAUACAUACAAGUAUACCCAGUAUGGACAUAUUCCUACCUAUCUCUGCUGGUGGUCGUGUUCCUUCUGACGGACCUCCUGCGAUACAAACCGAUGAUUGUGUUUGAGGGCAUUGGCUACAUAGCCACAUGGGGCCUUCUGCUGUGGGCAGGUGGUGUUGGCUGGAUGCAGCUUAUGGAGUUCUGUUAUGGUAUAGCUACAUCUACCGAAGUGGCUUACUUCACCUACAUUUAUGCUCAAGUUUCUGGAGUAUAUUAUCAGCGUGUGACGAGUUUCACACGGGCGGCUCUCCUUACCGGGAGGUUUAUGUCAGGGUUGUUGGCUCAGGUACUUACGUCAACAGGUGCAAUGGAUUAUCAUACGCUGAAUUAUUUCUCAUUUACAAGUGUGUCGUUGGCCUUCAUUGUCGCUUGUUUUCUGCCGUCCGUAAAAACUAGCAUUUAUUUUCAUCGAAGAGACUAUCUUCCCAGCAGUGAUGACUCUGCACAUCUUCACAGCGAUGAUGAUGGACAAAUAACCACAAAAUUGAGAAAGGUUGUGAGCUUGAUCUGGCAAGAUUUUAAGAGUGCCUACAGUAACAAAUACCUCCUGAAAUGGUCCAUCUGGUGGGCAUUUGCGACCUGUGGGAAUUUCCAAGUAGGGAACUACAUCCAGCCUCUGUGGGAAGAGAUCGCGCCCAUGGAAGAAACUGAGAACUUGUACAACGGGGCAGUGGAAGCUACGCAGACGUUAUUAAGUGCUCUUUCUGCCUUCAGUGUGGGGUACUUCCACCUCAACUGGUCCCUGUUUGGCGAGGGGACCUUAGCCCUGAUCUCCCUCAUCGACGGCAUUGUGCUCCUCUUCAUGGGUCUGACUUCGUGGAUCUGGGUGGCGUACAUCAAUUAUAUUCUCUUCAGGGUCUCCUACCAAGUACUUAUAACUAUUGCAAGUUACCAAGUUGCAAAAGAGCUCAGAGCUGACAGCUAUGGCCUUAUAUUUGGAAUCAACAUGUUCGUUGCGCUCUUCCUUCAGUCCAUCCUAACCUUUGUUGUGGUUCAGGUGCUCGAAAUCGGAGUGAAGUUACAGUUCAUCAUCUAUGGGGCUUACUUCAUGGUCCUCGCCUUCUUCUUCUUCAUUCUGUCAGCAUACACCUGCGGCAGACUGGGCAUAUCAGGCAUGCGGGAGCUGGGAGUGUGGGAGAAGAAUCCGCAGGAGGAAAAUCAAGAACCUCCUGUUGGAACCACAGAAGCUGUUUAGAAGAUAAAAAAAAGCAAGGAAGAGAUAUGAAGAAGACAAACAAUGCACAAAUUUUAUGUCUAAGAUGAUUCAGUUUUUAUUAUCAUUUUUUUUUUUUUCUUUAAGAUUUGGCAGUAUGACAGGCAAUUUGUUAUGUUGAUAAAUUGGUAAAAAACUUCAUUUUACACAAAGCAAGUUUACUGAAAGGUGAGACAAAACUUUCGAAAUCCUCUUGGCUUUCACUUUCAGGUCUGAAAAGAUAGAGGAGAGGGGAGAAAAUGAGGGCAGUGGAAAAGGAAUAAGGUACAGGAAAGCUAGCUCCUAUAAAUGGCAAAGAAUAGAAUUGUUCAUUUGUCUCCUGGAUAUAUCCUACUUUUGCUGAGAGGGAUGCUUAGUAAGACUGGUGUCAGAAUAUUGUCUAUCAUAGGAGGAACAAGAAUUGCAUAAGUGUUCAUCUUACAAGUGGAGGACUGGUGCAGACUAGAUAGCAGUGUGUUUGCCAUAGCAAAAGGUGAGUUGGCAGUUGAGAGUGUGAAGAGGACAAUGUAGACUUAAGGCUGAAGGAUUGCUGCAGGGAUCACAAAUGCAGAGAAGGAAUAAAGAAGUAAUGACUUCUCUCUGAACAUGAAGGGGGUGGUAGGGGAAGAGGUGUAUGUACAACUAUGGAUGAAAUGGUCAGUAGAGUGAUAAAUCUGUGUCCAAAAAGACCUUGUUGUUGACCUCACAUUCCUCUUUAAGGUGGAGAGAGGAAUAGAAGAAGUUCAGUUUCUUCAGGAAAUUCAGGAAGAGGCAGGAUUAUGAGAACACAAGGCAAAGAUGUCAGUGUACCUCAGCCUUAAUGAAUGGCAAAGGGAAGUGGAAGGAAGAGGUUGGACUUAAAGUACUCCAUAAAAAUUUGGCCAUUUCCAGACAGGAAGGAUAAGUCAGAGCAAUACAGAAGGUCUAGGAAUAGGAUCAUCUUUGUAAGGAAACAGAGUUAGCCUCUACCCACAGACAGAUCAUGUGGAGGUAGAUAUUGACAAGUAGAGCUAGGCUGAUCCUAGGGAAGCAGUUUCCUUUGGCAGAAAGCAAAGACAUCAUGUCAGAGGAAAACAAAGACAUCAUCUUUGUUGAUGAAUAGGGAUACAACACUCAAACUCAUCAUAAUUGUAAGGAAGAACCUGUAAAGACAGGCAAUGAAGUCCUAGAAUGGUUAAAGUGAAAGAAGUUAUCCUGAAAAGUGAGAGAUAAAGCCAGUCAGAAAGCAAGGGGGUGCAUCUCAGACCCCUGGUAGAUGAUGGGCUAUAAAGGUAUGUCUGACGCAUAGAACUUCAGUAACACUUAAACUACCUUGACCCUUUAACCUGACCUGACCUGACCUUAUGUUUCCAUUUACUCACCUGGCCCUCUUAUAUUGUGUUGCUUCUCCUAUGUCCUAUAUUCCUUCCUCUCCUCCAUUGCUUCUGACCUAGAGGUGAAGUCUAGGAGGAUUUUGAAACUACUGUCUUAUCAUUUAGUAAAUCUGUUUUUAACUUUUUUACCAGAAGUGUAUGCUGUAGUUUUAUCUGUGUACAAUUGACCAGAUAGGAAACAUAGGCAUCGGAAUUGUCAAGGAGGGAUUGAGGGCAGUUGAUAUAUGUGCUAGGAUGUGGCAGUUAAGGAAAGGAAUUAUUAUUCAGCUUUAGAUGUUCAAUGUAUGGCUCGUGUAUUUUUGCUGACAUCAGUAAACACACACACACACACACACACACACACACACACACACACACACACACACACACACACACACACACACACACACACACACACACACACACACAUAUUCCUUGUUGAAACCAACUCAAACCUUUCAUGUCUUGUCUGGAAGUCAGGCUUGUGGGAACUGCUGGUUUCACCUUUUAAGUGAACAGUUUUUCUGGCACCAUAAAGUUACUCUUUUGUAAUAAUUACCUAGGCUGGUAGAUUUGUAAACCAUAGGAAUAACAUAUAUGCAAAAAUACAGCUACACUGAUUUUCUUAUAUGUUUACCAAAUAAUUUGGAGAGUUACUAUUUAUUGUGUACAUGAGACUUAGCUACAGCAUGUGUCAUUAGUGCCAUUAUUCUGAAACUAGCUGCUCCACUUACCUAAUUUCUUCAUAGGAUUCUUGCUCCACAGGAAAAGCCUGAAAUACAGUAGUUCUAACUUGAUAGCAUGAAUGGGAAAUAGACUUUUAUUCACUCAGCAAAAGUUCUGCAUUCUUGACAAAGAAACUACAUUUCCCUUAAUGCAUUACUUACAUAUAUAUAUAUA